AUGUCGCCGUCCAAAGUGUCGUUCGAGCGCAUCACCCAGCUCCCCACCCCCGUGCUUCCCAGUGGCUCCUUCUCCUACAACUAUGUGUACCCGUCACCCCAGGAGCAGGGAUUCCGGCCAAUCGAGUCGCUCUCCAAGCGCAGCCCCCGCCACUUGAAGUCGGAUUCCCGCGAAGACCUCCCAGAUCUCCACAGACACCACCAGAGCCCUGAAAGAGUCAUCUCCGACUACAAGCCAAUCCCAGCAUUGGGAAGAAAGAACUCGCUUCUCGAGAACAGCGUCACAAAUACCAAGAAGCGGUUCGUGUCCAAUCCGGUGCAGUUCCGCUCCUCUAAGUCCUCGGGCACAUCUUCCCCCCUCACACCUCCCUCCAUUUCCGCCUCGUCAUCCACCACCUCCCCAGGCUCGCCCCAAACCUCCCCCAAGAAGCUGUUGCAUCCCGUUUCCGAAAAAGCGGUUUUUCACCUGUCCAAAUACGCCAACCAGCUCUUUGUUUCUAACAGACUCGGUCAGACUUUCCAGUUUGUCGACGAAAUCGGCACCGGCAACUUCUCUACCGUGAUUCUCGCAAGGAGCCCCGUGGAAUCGGUGGCCAUCAAAAUCAUCACCAUCCCAAUGAAGUACGGCAACGAAAUUUCGAACUUCAAGUCGUUCAUCAAGCGUGAACUCAACAUUCUACACCAGUUAGACCAUCCUUGCAUCAUCAAACUAAUUGACUACGACAUCAACCUCAGCAUAGACAGGAAAGAGAUCGAAUCGGAGUUGGUUUUGGAUAGCGAGACGGAAAUAUACCCGGAAAAGGACUACGAAACCAGUCCGAUAGAGGGCAACGAGAACUCUGAAUACCGGAACCUCCAGUUGAAUUCCGACCAGUUGAUCUUCCUCAAUUACUGUGCUGGUGGAAAUUUCUACCAACUCUUGCAUGAUCACAAGCAGACCACAGACCUAAACUACUGGAUAGCCAUCAGAAGAAUCAUUUGUGAAUUGGUGGUCGCAGUGGCUUACUUGCAUUCUAGAAAUAUAAUCCAUAGGGACAUCAAGCUUGAGAAUGUGUUGCUCAAGUACGAUUACGAAACCCUUCUCCAGUUGGCUUCACACACGGAGGAGUCAUUGAUUAAUUUGACUGACUUUGGAUUAUCGAAAAAGUUGAAGAGAGAUGACCAGCUCCUUUCGACCAGAUGUGGAUCACAGGACUACAUCCCCCCCGAGUUGCUCAUGGGGCUCAAAUACAAUGGGAAAUUGACCGACUCGUGGUCGAUUGGAGUCCUUAUCUAUGCGGUAUUGGAGGAUCGUCUCCCGUUCGAUCUUCCACCUUUGGCUGUUCUUCAAAAUUCGGGGGUCAGCCCUGCCGUUAUCAGAAGAAAGCUUUCCAAGCAGAAUUCCGCUCACCGGAUCGCUAUGAUUGACUGGGACUGGUUCAAGGUUAACGAGCACUUGGCCAGUCUGGAGCUUGGCACCGAGAGCAAGCAGAUCUUACAGGAUUUGAAGAAGGUGGUGGAUUUACUCUUGGUCAGAAAAGACAAAAGAAUCACAGUGGAGCAGUUGCUUCACAAAGAGGAGUUUGCGUGGAUCCGCAACUGUCUCCCAACCAGCUUCAUGGCCGGGAUCUAG